AUGCACUUCCUACGGGUAGCUAGUGUCGCUCUCACUGCAACUCACGUACUGGCCAUACCUCUGGCAAGUCUAAUGGGAUCGAAACACAAUCUCUACCUGGUUACUUGCACAACUUCCAGCGAUGCGGAUUACCCAUUGUCGAGAUACACAGCUGUCGCAUAUUUCGCAAACGGUCCGAUAGAACUCAGUCAAAGUCUGACCCAAAUAGGGACUGUCGAUCGACCCGCACAACCCUGGGAAGGGACGCUGAAGGUGGCCAAACUGGGAAAGACGAGUGCGUUUAGCUCACGCAUCGAUGCAGAUGCCGCAAAAGCGCAGAAAGGAUCCAUAUCGGGAACGGCGGUUUUAGACAACGAGGAUUUCGUCUGCUUCAAAGACGGACAGAUAGCGUUUUCUGUAACCGACGAUUGGAGCGAACAGCCAUACACGUGCAAAACAGAUUAUUGGUGUCCGUCAAUUCUAGUCUGA